AACACAACAAAACAAAACCAUAUUGGAAAAAAGGAAGUAUCAAGGAAGAAUCACAUCCAGAAAUGUCAUAAUCAGCAACCCUAUCGAGACGCCAAAAAUGGCAGAUUUCGGUACUCUUCUAAGUCCAGGAGUAGAAGCUAGAUUUUCAAUAAAACCAUCAGUAAGAGAAGCAAGUGCGAACUUAAGAAGCGUACCGAUUAAGAAGAGACAAUGCUAUUUUGCCAACGAACGGAGAUUGGUGUAUUACAGAUCUUACACUCAGACUAAUUGCAAUUUGGAAUGUCAGUCAAACUACACAUUUGAGAAAUGUAAAUGCAUUCCCUACUAUUUACCUAGAAACAAAUCAAUUAAGGCUUGUGGAAGAAUGGAUCAAGAAUGCGCACAGGAUGCUAAAGAAAAUAUGGAAAAAACUAAUGGAAAUAGCACUAGCUGCAGAUGUCUGCCAGGUUGCUUCGAGUUGGUCUUCACAGACAUGAAAUCUUUUGGUCAAUUAUCUAAAGAACUGAACGUGACUACUUUUGGGGAGGAUAUGAUCAUCAAUACCACACAUUUGAUGACAAAUAUGGCUGUGGUCCAUUUCUUCUUUUCAAAUUCUCAAUUUUCGAAGUUGGUGAAGGAUGAAUUGUAUGGGUUUACUGAGAUUUUGUCCAAUGUCGGAGGACUACUUGGACUUUGCAUGGGUUUCAGUUUUCUUAGCGUGGUAGAGAUUCUUUACUUUAUAACAAUUAAAAGGAUAUGUAGUUGGAUUCGCGGAAAAAGAAAAAAUAACCACAAAAUUGAAAUGUUGUUUAAUAGCGGCAUUUCAAAAUAUCCAUUUAUGAAAUAGUUACUUGAACAUGUGGAAAAAUGAUAUUAAAAG